AAUCAGCUGUCAGAGCACCGUGAUAAAUCGCAAUGCAUUAUUGAUAAUAAUAAUUACGUUGACAUGCGCAUUUCUACUUGAGGGGGCUAAUUUUCCAAGCUGAAGAAUUUGUUGAAGAAGGAGAGGAAAAAUUGUUUGUAACUCUUUGCCACUGAUGGUUGCACCAUGUCGAGGCGCAAGCAAGCCAAACCGCAGCACAUCGACUCCGACGAGCCCGGUUCGUUAGAAAAUGGGAUUCAUCGAGAUGAUCAAGCUGAGGAGACCGGAAAUGAAGUGAAGCGGUUCAGAAUGGAUGAGACCAGGGUCUGCAAUAAGUGUUGUGCUGAAUUCUUUGAUGAAGCAGAAUUUCUUGAACAUGAGAGAAAUUGCACUAAAAGUCAGCAAGUGCUCAUCAUGAAAGAUGGAGAUGGCAAUGAAAUGCCUGAGGAAUAUUCGCGAGGUUCUCCUGAAGGCCUAACUAGUGACCAUGAUGAUAGCCAGUCCAGCGGUAAUUCCCUUUCAAACAUCAAUACAGACCACCUGGAAAGAACUGAGGAAGAGUCUAGCAUGAAUGUAGAUGACUCAGGACAACAGGAUCGGGCAGAGAUGUCUGCCAGCCCUGAGAUGACUUUCCAUCCCUCACCUGAAAUGCAAGAUACAAAUGUCACUCUUGAAACCAUGGCUGACACUAAAGUGGCCGUCUCCCAACAUUCUUCAAAUAAUACAUCUCUAACCUCAUCACAAGAUGCAGUGCAGGCCAUCCCGAUGAUAUUGGAACAGUUGGUGUGCCUCCAGCAACAACAGCUACAGCAGAUCCAGCUCACAGAACAGAUUAGAAUCCAAGUAGCCAUGAUGACUCCGCAGGGUCUUCAGUCAUCAGUAGUGGCAGCUAUGGACCCUCUGAAAGCCCUUGGUGCGCAUCUCUCUCAACAGCUGUCUGCUGCAGCAGCUCUGAUAGGGAAACGGACCGGCAGUCAGAGCCUCUCUAUUGAGACAAUGAAGCAAGGUAAACUACCUCUGCCCACUGGCAUCCCUACCUCUCUACCUGGAGGACUGGGCACAAUGACUUCUAAAAUAGACAAUUUGAAGGGCAUUCCAGAUCUGGCCAGCCGUUUACCAGCACUACUGCCCCAGUCACCAGGUGCAUUAGGUUUCCCUAACAACUUCAGUGGUGUCCAAGCAGGGAUUGAUUCCUCCAAAAAAGUGAAGACUAAGAUGCUGAACCUCCCACCAGAAUCAAAGAAUGGGGACCCAUUAUACAAGCACAAGUGUAGGUACUGUGGAAAGACCUUUGGCAAUGACAGUGCUCUCCAGAUUCACUUGCGUUCUCACACUGGAGAGAGGCCCUUCAAAUGUAACAUCUGUGGAAACCGCUUCACAACCAAAGGAAACCUCAAAGUGCAUUUCCAGAGACAUAAAGACAAGUAUCCUAACAUCAGCAUGAACCCUCAUCCUGUGCCAGAGCACCUUGACAAUAUUCCCACCAGUAGUGGCAUUCCCUUUGGCAUGUCUGUGCCCAUGGACGACUCAAAUAUGACUGAAAUUAAGCCUAUACUCGCCCCUGCAGCUGCUGGGUUCCACCCGUCAUCCAUACCGGGAUUCAAGACAACAUUUGACGGAUUUGGAGGGGACCCAUUUUCCCAGAGACCCUCCCCAUCAACAAGUGAUGGCUCCCCAUCUGUUUCCUCGAAUGUGUUUGGCCAAGAGACAGGAAUGGAUGCGAAUCAGAAGGAUGCUAAAGAACUGCUUGGAGCACUGCAUCAUAUGAAUGGCAAUGCCCUUCCAGGAGAACAAAGCUCUGGAACAGCAAAACUUCAGCAGAUGGUUGAUGGCCUAGAAAAGAGGACCAAUGACCCCAAUGAAUGUGUAAUCUGCCAUAGGGUGCUCAGUUGCCAGAGCUCACUGAAGAUGCAUUACCGAACACACACCGGCGAGAGGCCCUACAAGUGCAAAAUCUGUGGCCGUGCUUUCUCCACCAAAGGUAACCUCAAGGCCCAUUAUGGAGUACAUAGGGCUAACACUCCUCUUAAAAUGCAGCAUUCCUGUCCCAUCUGCCAGAAGAAGUUCACCAAUGCUGUGGUUCUGCAGCAGCACAUUCGCAUGCACAUGGGUGGGCAGAUCCCCAACACUCCUAUGCCAGAAAACCAGUUUGAAGCAGCGGAAGCAAUGGAGCCCUCUCUACCAGAGGAGAAGCCUAUGGAUACCAAUGGUUUUGAAGCAAGCAUGGAAGAGCAUGAGCCAGAGCUGAACUCCCAAAAGCCAAAUGACACCUCGGAUUCCCUCCCAUCUGCCACUGAGGAACAACCAAAGAAGCAUGCUGCACCCGCUGUGUUUUCCAGCCUAGAUGUUUUGAAGAAUCUCACCUCUGCUCUUGCACUGAAACGGCAGAGUAGCACAGCUUCGGAGAGCGAGGGAACAUCCAAAGAAUCCCCAUCAGCUCCUAGAGAGCAAGAAUAUCAGAAUGGCCGUAGUCCUGCCAUUUCUGAUUCAGCCAUGUCAUUUCACUCGUCUUCCCCUGUAAACAACAACAUUAGUAGCAAGUCUCCUGAGUCUGCUGUUGAUGAGUUUGCCCGCACUGGGUCAAAACCAGACUCUGAUGGUGGCACUCAAGAUGGACAUGAAUCAAGUGGAGCCCUUGACCUCACAGCUUCCAGCAGCUUUACCCCCAAAGUAAUCAAAGAAGAACCUGGCAUGCCAUUCACAAAUGGAGACUACACUCCUAGUAACAUGCCUUUCAUGAGGAUACCAUCAAGUCUGGCCAGUCUGGAAAUGAAGAUUCCUCCAGAGAAUCCUUUGGGCCCUCAUGGUUUGUUCAGCUCCCAUAUGCCUCAGGGAACAGCCAUGCCCUCCUCCAUCUCCACCGCACCGCGACGAUCAACCAAACAGCACAUGUGUAAUACCUGUGGCAAGAACUUCUCAUCUGCCAGUGCCUUGCAGAUCCAUGAGCGCACUCAUACAGGGGAGAAGCCUUUUGCCUGUAAUAUCUGUGGCAGGGCUUUCACCACCAAGGGAAACCUAAAGGUGCAUAUCGGCACUCACAUGUGGAACAACUCAUCACGGCGUGGUCAGCGCCUGUCACUGGAUAAUCCCAUGGCGCUGAUGGCAAUGAGCUCAGAGGCUAAUAUGUUACCAGAAAUUAUGCAGGCCCCCAAAGAACUGGCUGCUCCAGCAAUGAACUUUGACCCGUCUCUGUGGAACCAGUAUGCUGCCGCCUUCAGUGGUGGCCUGACCAUGAAGACCAAUGAAAUUUCUGUCAUCCAGGGUGGUGGCAUCCCACUCCCUGGGAGCCCUGCCGGUGGGCCUCUGAUUGGAUCCACUGGAGGCCUCAUGAAGAUGGAUGGAUCCCACUCUGGCUUGCCUGCCACCAUGGCUGAAAUUGAGAAGAACAGCUCUGACAGUGUGCCAAAAUCCCAGUUCCCACAUUUCAUGGAGGAGGGUAAAAUUGCAGUUAAUUAGGCUUUUUAUCCAUCAAGCCAGUUUAUCACCUGAAUGUCUCCUUUCGAAUGAGGUACAAUCAAUAUUCAGAGAAAAUCUUGUAGAAUUCUGCUUAGAUUGGUUGAAUUUUUCCAGUAACUUCAUCGCAGCUCUCUAUCCUCCUGACCUGAACUAUUCUCAAGUGUUACUUUUAGUUGAACUUAAUAUAACUACUGUAGUUGUAUUUUAUUUUAUAUAAAUAUAUAUGCGGGUAUUUUUUUUUUUUUUCCUGUGACUUUUUCUUUUGUUUUGCUGUCUAUCCAGAAGUUUGAAUGUAUAACUUACUUGAAACUGCUUUAAUUCAGACUGUCUCCUUGAUACUUUAGAAGGAUUUUGACUUCAGGGCAUGAUUUUUUUAAGAACACCAUGUCUCAGUGUUCAGAAAUAAUGGUGUAGUUAACCGUAUGUGUCUGAAAUGACUACUUUCCCUCCUAUUGUGUGCCAUAGGUUUUGACAUUGUACAUUUUUGUAGUGGUUAAUGUCAUUAGCAUGUUUAAUUUUGAAGGGGCUUUUGAUGAGAUUGACAGAUUAUUCCAGUGUCUUGUCUAUUAAAUCAAGGUGCAACAGUUCAGUCAUCUUUUUCCGAUAAUGUAGAUCAUAAAAUAGGCUGUCACCUUUUUUGCGUCGGUGCUAAGAUACAGUAGUAAAUGACUUUAAAGUUCAAGACAUUUUGCCAAGUGCCUAACCUGAAUUGUAUGUGUUGCUGUCGUCUUUCACUGCACCAUAAGGUUGUUAUGAAGGCUAUGUUAGACUGAUUAAAUUAUAGUUGUAGCAUUGCAUGUAUUUCAUAUUUUCAUCAGUUUACAAAUGUCAGCCUCCCCUCAACCAUGUAUUUCACUUGUAAAUCUGCAGUCAAAUUUAGUUGGCUGAGCUCUGAAAGCUAUUACAGGCUUUAUGUUCUCAUGCCUGCACUUUAUUUAAGGUUUCAGUUACAUUUAGAUCUUACAGUUGCAUUUCAGUUUCACUGCUUUAUACAAUGUUGGCUAAACAAGGAAAGCGCAAAUCAACAAUUUUGUCACCUCUUUUCUGUCUAAUUUGUUUGAAACAACCACAAGUUAUUGUCAGACUUUUUUUCCCUAGGUUAUCUUUUUCAGCUUGUAGCAUCAUUA